UGUGGCAGAGUCGACCAAAAGAACACGGCUUUAAUAAAAUUUUGAGUUAAAAAAAAAACAGAAGAAAUUUUAGGGAGAGAUUCCAGCGCAUGAAGAGAAGUGAAGAUGACAUUCCACAUAAAACCUGACGAAAGAGGAAACAGAGAUUACGAGAUGCCAAUACGGCGGACAAAUCAAUCAAAAUCAAAAUCUAGGGCUCUUCCUACAAUGACGGCGCAUGAAUCAAUCGCCUUAGCGAUUAACCAAAUCGACGAGAAGAAGCAAAAGCUGAAGAAAGCCUUCGACGACCUUCAAGCUCACCGAUCUCUCCUCUCCUCAUCGUCUUUCAACAACCUCUCCUGGUCCGACAUCGACUCUCACUUCUCCUCUCUCCAAUCCUCACUCUCCAACCGCUUCCUCCUCCUCCAACCCGACAAAACCGAACCAUCCCCGACCGAGACACCCCUCCUCCUCUGGCCCGAACUGAGAACCUUCUGCGAGAACAUGGACGGCAAAGGCUUGGGGAAGUUCAUGGUCGAUAACUCGAACAAGCGUUUAUCAAUCAAACCGGAGCUUCAGGAAGCGGUUCGAUCCUCGUCGAAUCCAGCAGCUUUGGUUCUCGACGCGAUCGAAGGCUCUUACCAUUCUUCUUCUCCAUCCUCCAUCGACGCGAGGGGAAUCUUCGUUUUGCUGUUAGAAGCUUUGAUCGAGAUCAAACCGGACCUCACGAACGAGCUUAGAGAGAGAGCGAGGACGCUCGCUUCCGAUUGGAGAUUAAAUAUAGGUAACAAACCGUCGGAAGCGUUAGGGUUUCUGCACGUGGUCGUAGUCUUUGAGUUAGUAUCUGUGUUUAAAUUGGAAGAGAUUAUCGAUUACGUUUUCUUGAUCUCCAAGUAUUAUAAACAAGCGACGGUUUUAUCUAAGAAGCUUGGUUUGGAUAAGACCGUAGUCGCCGGUCUUGUUCAGAAGCUGUUGCGUACCGGGAGGUUACUCGCUGCGAUUAGUUUUAUUUAUGAGUUUGAGAUGACUGAUAGGUUCCGACCGGUUAAUGUUUUGAAAACUAGUUUGUACAACUCUAGGGAAGCUGCUAAGAGGGUCUGCGCCGAAGGGGGUAACUCUCUCAAGGCCCAGAACGAAGCUACUGAUAAAGAGCUUAGCGCGUUGAGGUUGGUGAUCAGAGUGGUUAAGGAGAGGAACCUCGAGUUGGAGUUUUACGAAGAGGAUCUUGAAGAAUGCGUUCAAGAGUUGGAGAAUCUGAGGGCUCAGAGGAGACAAGCCGCUAAGCUGGCUUCCUCCCCUGCUAAUCAUCAAAAACGGCCUCGUGUUGCUACGGGUAACAAUUUGACACAGAGUCAGCAGCAACCGCCAUUUUUGCCUGAUCCCAGGCACGGUUUACAACAAGUGAACCCAUUUGGUUUUGUGAACUCAACAAUGCCUGGUGUUAAUUUCCCAUAUGGCAACCCGUUGGCUCCUUAUGGAUCGGUACCAGCUCCAGCUAUAGCGGCUCCACCGGUCUACUAUGAGCAGCAGAGUGGAUAUGGUUUGCGACCUCAAUACCAACCACCUUACUAUCCUCAGUAGCCAUCUCCAUUGUUGUCUAGGGAAUGCAAAAGAUAUUAGGAUUUUCUGGUCUAAGGAGGGUAGGCUCUGUGUCUGUAUGAUUUUCUGUAUUUAACAACACAAAGUAAAUUAACUCAAAGGUCCGCAUAUACUUGAUAUGAUUGCUGUUUUUGCGAUUGUAUAAAAGAAAACGAAUCAUGUUUUGUACGUCUUGUUGUAGUCUAUUAAUCUCUUGUUUAUUAUUACUUAGCUUGUGGA